ACACUUUCCUGGGUGGCGGACCUUGGUUCCCUCUGGAAAUAUUCUCCUGCGAGUAUUUAUUUGUCUGAAUCAACGCAACCCCGCGCCAUGGACCUCCUCGGGUUGCUGAAGUCUCAGUUCCUGUGCCACCUCGUCUUCUGUUACGUAUUUAUCGCCUCGGGGCUAAUAAUCAACACCGUUCAGCUCUUCACCCUCCUUCUCUGGCCAAUUAACAAGCAGCUCUUCAGGAGGAUCAACUGCAGACUGUCCUACUGCGUCUCCAGCCAGCUGGUGAUGUUGCUGGAGUGGUGGUCGGGCACGGAAUGCAUCAUCCAUACAGACCCCCAGGCCUACCCCAAGUACGGAAAGGAAAAUGCCAUCGUGGUUCUGAACCACAAGUUUGAGAUUGACUUUCUCUGUGGUUGGAGCCUGGCCGAACGCUUUGGGGUGUUAGGGGGCUCCAAAGUCCUGGCCAAGAAGGAGCUGGCCUACGUCCCGAUCAUCGGCUGGAUGUGGUACUUCACCGAGAUGGUCUUCUGCACACGCAAGUGGGAGCAAGACCGCAAGACCGUCUCGCAGAGCCUGCUGCACCUCCGGGAUUACCCCGAGAAGUACUUUGUACUUUCAGCUGUAUAUGACUGUACACUCAAUUUCAGAAAUAAUGAAAAUCCAACACUGUUGGGGGUCCUAAACGGGAAGAAAUAUCAUGCAGAUUUAUACGUCAGGCGGAUUCCUUUAGAAGAAGUCCCAGAAGACGAGGAUGAGUGUUCAGCCUGGCUCCACAAACUCUACCAGGAGAAGGAUGCCUUCCAGGAGGAGUACUACAGGACGGGCACCUUCCCAGAGACCCCCAUGGUGCCCCCCCGGCGGCCCUGGACGCUCAUCAACUGGCUGUUCUGGGCCUCCCUGCUGCUCUACCCUUUCUUCCGGUUCCUCACCAACAUGAUCAGCAGUGGGUCUUCCCUGACCCUGGCCAGCUUUGUCCUCGUCUUCUUUGUGGCCUCCAUGGGAGUCCGAUGGAUGAUUGGGGUGACAGAAAUCGACAAGGGCUCUGCCUACGGCAACAUCGACAGCAAGCAGAAACGGAACGACUGACCCCGGACACAUCAGCACCCAGAGGGGACCUUGGGGACUGGUGGACACUGUCAUCCUUAGUGGGACCCAGGGACGAAGCGGGGUGAGCCCCUGCUGGGAAGCCAGGGAGUCUGGUCUCGAUGCCAGAUGGGGAGGAAGAUGUUCUUAAAUCUUUUUUCCCCCAUCACGCUUUAGUGGGUUUUGGUUUUUUCGUGUGUGUGUGUGUG